AUGGAAAUCACCUUAAAAAGUUCUAUUUAAAAAGUCGGAAUUUAUCGAUAGUAUUGGAGCUUUAUAACUAAGUAUAUUUCAAAUUUAAUAUUUUCGCUACAAUUUUUAAUUUUAAUAGUUACAAUCUCCAGCUGCUUCAAGAAUUGGAAUAUGAUCAAAAUGGAGUCAGUGCCAAAUAGAUCGAUAUUGUUCCGUAAUGUUACGUAUUGUUACUGAUUUUUCUAUUUAUUGCAUAAUAGUAAGUAAAUACUUAUUAAAAUUUAUUCGUCGUAUUUUGCGUUAUUUAUUUAAUAAAAUGAUUAAUUGAUUAUCAACAAACCCGCGAAAUUUAAGUUUUAAUGUUAAAACUGUUUUUUUUCAAUUCUUAAAAUUUAUUUUCAUUUUUUAUUUACUAAUUUUUUUUUAAUAUUAAAUCUUAUAAAAAUAUAAAUAUUAUUAGAAUAUAUAAAAUAUAAAUUUAAAAAAAUAUUAAAAUUAAAAUAAGAAGUUACAAAUAAUUUUUAAUGAAUUUUAUUGCAAUUGGAAAUAUGUUUUUCUUUUUGAAUACAGAAUAGAGCAUGGAAUGGAUGGAUCAUGUCCACUUUUGCUUCCAUCCUUUGAGGAAAAGGACAAUUCUGAAACUUCAUAUUCAUCCCAAAAGAUUGGUCUAUAUAGACCAACAUCAGAUACUAUUGAUUUAGGAUAUCAUACAUUAGAUAAUAAUGCUUGCCGUUCAUCAUCUGCAUCAACUAUUAUAUCAGUUCCAAUUAGACAACAAAUUUUAUUGCAACAAAAGUGCAUUUAUGUAACAGAUUUAUGUCAAUUGGAUGAUACUUUAUUAUUGAAGAUAUUUAGUUGGUUGGGAACCAGAGAUCUAUGUUCCAUUGCUCAAACUUGCAGACGUCUUUGGGAAAUAGCAUGGCAUCCAUCUCUUUGGAAAGAAGUAGAAAUAAGAUAUCCGCAAAAUGCAACAAUUGCAUUAAAUGCCUUAACCAGACGAGGAUGUCAUACAUAUAUUCGUCGUCUAAUAAUUGAAGGUGCUAUUGGUUUAACUGGAAUUUUUGCCCAAUUACCGUUUUUAAGCUUAACUUCAUUAGUUCUACGACAUUCUCGACGUGUUACAGACACAAAUGUGACAGUUAUUUUAGAUAAUUGCAUACAUCUAAAAGAAUUGGACUUAACAGGAUGUAUUAGUAUAACAAGAGCAUGUAGUCGAAUAACUACAUUACAAUUACAAUCAUUAGAUCUUAGUGAUUGUCAUGAUGUGGAAGAUUCUGGCUUAGUAUUGACAUUAUCUCGCAUGCCACAUCUUGCUUGUUUGUAUUUACGACGAUGUGUGCGUAUAACUGAUGCAACUCUUAUUGCAAUUGCCUCUUAUUGUGGCAGUUUGCGCCAAUUAUCUGUUUCGGAUUGUGUAAAAAUCACUGAUUUUGGAGUACGUGAAUUAGCAGCACGUCUUGGCCCAUCUUUGCGUUAUUUUUCAGUAGGGAAAUGUGAUCGUGUAUCAGAUGCUGGUCUAUUAGUUGUUGCUAGGCAUUGUUAUAAAUUGAGAUAUUUAAAUGCUCGUGGCUGUGAAGCACUUAGUGAUAGUGCUACGUUAGCUUUGGCACGUGGAUGCCCACGUUUAAGAGCUCUUGAUAUAGGAAAAUGUGAUAUUGGUGAUGCAACUCUUGAAGCCCUUUCUACUGGUUGUCCAAAUUUGAAAAAAUUAUCCUUGUGUGGUUGUGAACGUGUCACAGAUGCUGGAUUAGAAGCAUUAGCAUAUUAUGUACGAGGAUUAAGACAACUCAAUAUUGGUGAAUGUUCUAGAGUUACAUGGGUUGGAUACAGAGCAGUAAAACAUUAUUGCCGUAGAUGCAUUAUAGAACACACAAAUCCUGGUUUUUCAAGCUGAGUCUUUUAAACUAUUUUUUGCUAUUAUUUACAAUCUAUUUAUUAACAAUAUUUUUAUAUAUUUUAGUAUUUUAGAUACCAAUUUGUAAAAAAACGGCUAACACCUAUAUAUAUAUAUGCAUACAUGUGUAUGAUACGCGUCGUUUAUAUUUUAUAUACUGUGUGAUUUGUAAUAUGCAAGAAAACAUUUCUUAUUAUUUAUUGAUUUUAUAACUUAAUAUACGAAAAUUAAUAUUAAAGUUCAAUAUAAUAUGUAUAUUUAUUUUAUAAAUAAACAUUUUUUUUAACUUCUAUCAAA